CUGCAAGCCAAGUGCGGUUGCAUGCCAAGCCCCCUCAGGGAGCCAGUCGCAGAUGUUCGGGACAUUGCAGAUGAACCGCAGUCCUGCAUUUACAGGGUUCUCUGCAGCGGCGUCAAAUCUCCUGGGAUGGCUGUACUGUGGUUGUGUCAAGUUUGGCUCUAUCAGUGCUAUGGCACGGGCUACGGUGCGCCAGCCCUCGACAACAUGCCGGCAAGAUCGAUUCCGGCUCAAAGAUAGUAAGCGUCGCCGGAGCUGGACCCUCACAUUUGCGACUCUGGUUCUCUCUUCCUCUUACUCCAGUCUCAUGAUUAUUCCUAUGAAUGUUCUCCCUACUUCUGCGUGUCCUGUACUUCACUCCUCUUACCCGUCCUUCCCCAACCACUCGUUAUAGUUGCCUUCCACGACCCACGAGCAGCUACCCACAAUACAUCUGUCCCAGCCAUCAGGACGCAAAAUAUCCCUGAAACGCACCCAUCCAGUCAUUU